AAAAACAGCUGACUGAAGCAUUUUCUAUCCCCUCCCCUUCCCUUUCGUUGUCACAUUCGAAGCCAAAAUUUCAAGUUUUAUAAAUUUAACCAAAUAAUAAGGACGCGAGACGCUUUGGCCGAUGGCGAAUCACAACUGAGGAGAUGUACAAAGCCCUGCUCCGCGCAUUCCCCAUCGAAAUUCCCAGCGCCAUCGCCAGGCGUCUCAAUAUCACGAAUAGCGUCAAAGUAAAACGCACGAAAAUGGAAACGAGCUACGACUUCAACCGACGCUGGACACCAAUUCUGGGUGCCAAUGGUGGCAGGAAGAGCAUUAACAACAAUAAGGCGGCCACCUUUAAGCUGGUCUCGUACAAUAUUUUGGCCCAGGACCUGUUGCUGGAGCAUCUGUAUCUGUACCAGAAUAUCCAGCAGGAGUUCCUCACGUGGCGUCGUCGCCAGCAGAACCUUCAGCGGGAGCUAAUCCGUCUGAAUCCUGACAUCCUGUGCCUGCAGGAGAUUCAGUUCGAUCAUUUGGCCCCGUUCAUCCAGGGUCUGGGCAUGGGCAGCGGCCGACGGCUGGCCUAUGUGUACAAAAAGAAGACCGGCCAACGGACGGAUGGCUGUGCCAUUGUCUAUGACUCGACCAAGUUCCAGUUGCUGGAUCAACAAGCCGUGGAGCUGCAUGAUCCCGAUGUGGCUCUGCUCAACCGCGAGAUGGUGGCGUUAUUUGCCAAGUUUCGCUUUAAGAACUACCCAACUCCCAAGGAAUUCGUGGUGGCCACCACUCAUUUGCUGUACAACCCAAAAAGAUCGGACGUGCGCUGUGCCCAGUUGGCCAGAACUCUCAGGGAGCUAAGCACCUUUGCCACGGACGACACACCAGUGGUCUUGACCGGCGACUUUAACAGCGAGAUAUUCAGCUCACCCAUCCAGCUGCUUAUCGGCGAGGAAGGAAGAAAGGAAGCCUGCAAGGAGACGGAUACUAUGAGGUUCGAUAUCAUAGAUCCGGGCGAAGGCACUGUCUCCACGUACCAGGACAACUGGAUCACCGUGGACUACAUCCUGCGAUCACUCUGCUCGAAAAGCAAGCACAAGCUGCUGCCGAUCAGCGUCUACUCACUUCCCACGAUCCAAGCCUGCUUUCGCGUGGGCAAGAUUCCCAAUCACUAUCUGGGCUCGGACCAUUACGCCACAGGCGCCAUCUUCAGUGUUAUUUAGAUCUUAAGAUUGUCCCCUCAUUAAAGUGUUGUACAACUCA